UGGCAACAUGUUGCAAUCUUACUCUUGUCAAAAAAGCUAGCCUAGUUUACUGUUUUGUGGAAAUGUCUAUUUUUGAAUGACCUGAACAGCCAAAAAUUUUGAUGUGAAAUAGAAAGACCAUUCCAGAACCAAAUAACAACAUGCCAGUUGAAAUUACUGAACCAGUUAACCUUACACGAUCCCUCUUCCUCUGCAACCUAUUCAGCUUCUUCUUUUCAGCCAGCAAAUCAUGUCUUCUUCCAUUUCUAACAAUAUAUCUAAGAAUUUUGGGACUAACAGCAACACAAACAGGAUUUAUAAUUGGAGCAAAAACAUUUUCGACCUUCAUAUUUGCUCCUCUGUGGUCAAAAUGUGCAAUUCAGUUUCACAGAAGAAGAUUAGUUUUGAUGAUAGCCUUGUUCAUGAUGGCUGUUACGUACUUACCUCUAACAUUGCUUACAAACAUUAGUCCAUCAGUGAAGAGUUGUGACUCACAAUCAACUCAAAAAAAUUCGCAACCAUUGCCAACAACAGAAUCGCCUAUUCAUAUUAACAGCACACAUAGCUUGGCAGUGACACACAAUUUAAUGCCAAAGAAUUCUACAAUCAGUCCUUCAUUCCCAUAUACUACGGUCUCUCCAGCAACAGUGAGUAGUACUGUUGUAGGAACUGUUCCAACUAAAGAGAAGAAGAAUGAUGAGGAUGAAGUUCUUAACCAGGUCAAGGACAUUUUAGUGGGCAUUGGUAUGAAUAAGGAUAAGGUGAAGGUCCUCACAGCAGAUGACAUUUUUAAACAAUAUCUAAAGUUAGCAGAGGAUAAAGAGGCUGUAGAUUCACUGAAGAAAUAUCUUUCUGAAGAUGAAAAAGCUGUGAUGAGAGAUUUUUUGAGCAGAUACGGUGUGUCAGUCCGACGGAGAAGAGAAAUAUCCUGGGAAAAUAUGAGGGACGCAGUUCAUGAAAAGCUAGAACAAGCCAAGCAAAAUCUCUUCAUUGUUGUGCUAGUGAUACUCAUUGUUGGUGAAGCUUUCUGUUCACCUGUUGAAAAAAUUGCAGAUGACUCAUGGUUUGAAUUUUUAGAGCAAAUUGAUGACAUGGAAAAGUAUGGAAAGCACAGAAUAUGGAGCUCCUUAGCAAACAUGUUCUUCCCUGUCAUUGUGACUUUAGUGGUUGACAACACUACAUGCCUCUUUGAUUUAAAAGUUUACCCAUUCAUGUUUCAUUUUUAUGCAUUUGGAGCUCUCCUUGGGAUCACAUUUCUGAUAAGUUUUCUAUACCCUGUUCCAAGUGCCCCUAAAUCUAAGUACAAGAGUAAGUUAGGAACAGCAUUGAGAAAAGUUUGCUGCACAUGUGGAGGCCUACUAUACAUGCUGACCUUAGUCAUCAUGGGUUUUAUUUUUGCAUCCCAUAGCAACUUCCUUUUUUGGUUGAUUCAGGACUUGAAAGGGAAAGAAAUCACCAUGGGUUUAUGCAUACUGGUUGCAAGUCUAUCUGAAUUGGUGGUUCUGGUUUUUAGUUCACGAUUGGUCAAGGUAUUAGGUAAUGGUGGAAUGAUCAGCAUUUCAUUAUUGUGCCUUGCUGGUCGUCUGCUUUAUUAUUCAUACCUGUGGACCCCUUGGGCUGUCCUUCCUGUUGAAAUUUUCCAUGCAGUGACCCACACCAUGAUGUGGUUUGUUGUGCUGAGCAACAAAGCUUUCCGAGUUAGCCCUACAAUAGACAGAGCAAUCAGGUCCGUUUUGUCUUCUGCUUAUUUUGGUGUUGGUUUUGGAGUUGGGAGCUUGGUGUCUGGUGUCAUGUAUGAUCAGUAUGGCAUUCGUAUAUUGUUUCGAGCACUUUCUAUUCUGUCUGUUGGCUGGUGUCCUGUGUUCUUCCUCCUACAGAAAUGUUGUCAUCCUAAACAAGACAAUGAGAUUAAAUACACCCGACUGCUUCAGUCAGAUGACCAUUCUGAUGAUGAUGUGGAGGAUGACUGGUUGGAGCAUGCCCUGAAGGACAGAUAGAAAGUAGAUGUCUGGUUGAAGCAUGCCCUCAAGGACAGAUAGAAAGUAGAUGUAUGGUUGAAGCAUGCCCUCAAGGACAGAUAGAAAGUAGAUGUAUGGUUGGAGCAUGUUCUCAAGGACAGAUAGAAGCAUUCCUCUAGAAUCUCACAUAUUCCCUGCAUAGAUGCAUUUGAGUUACAUAUUUAUAUAUAAAACUUAAUGUUCUUGUAAAUAGAGGGUUUUUAAAUGUAUUUGAAUAAGAAGAUUAUUAUUUUGUAUGAACCUACUUCCAAUAAUGUAAACUAUAUGUAAUGUAAUGUAAUGUAAACUAUAAAAAUCCAA